UGUUUGUGUGACUGCGAGGAGCCUGGGGGUUAGUUCAUUCCUCUACAUGUUGAAAUUGAACCAUAUAACGGAGAGAAAAAAGAGGAAAUGAGUGUUUCCGUGGUCGCCUCUUCUGUUUCAGCGAGUUGAAGAAGUGUAGGACCGGUGGAGGAUACCGCAACAAGGUCAGUAAAGGCUCCUGACUCCUCUUGCAGGCAAGAUGAGGGACCGACUGUGUGAGCUGGUCAAGCCCACAGGAGAGGAGUACAGGCCCGCUGAGAACCCCGACCACAGCGCUGAGGAUGAGGAAGUGGAGCAACAGGCCAUCGUGUUUGAGGGAGAGGACGUGAUGGACAACAUCUACAAAGAGGCCCAGGUGAUGAGGAAGGAGAUGGAGCUGCUCAAACUGGACGUGAAGCGCCUCGGGAAGCAGAACACCAGGUUCCUCACGUCCGUCCGCAGGUUCAGCAGCAUCAAACGGGACUCCAACGCCCUCGGCCGGGACAUCAAGGCCAGAGGGGAGGCCAUCUACGCCCGGCUGGAGAAGCUGAGGAAGCUGAGCAAAGAGCUGGAGGAGGAGCACGGGCCUGCGUCCGCCGUGGCUCGCAUGGUGCGUUCACAGUGUGUGUCCUUAACCUCCGCCUUCCACAACGCCAUAUCCGAGUACAACGAGGCGGAGAUGGUGCAGAGGGAGAACUGCAAGACUCGCAUCCAGAGGCAGGCGGAGAUCAUGGGCAAGGAGGUGAGCAGGGAGCAGAUCGACGAGAUGAUCGAGACGGGCAAGUGGAACGUCUUCUCGGAUAACCUCCUCCUGGAGGGGAGGACUGCCAGGUCGGCGCUCAACGAGAUGGAGACCCGGCACAAGGAGCUGCUGGAGCUGGAGGGCCGCAUCAGGGACAUUCACGAGCUCUUCUCCCAGAUGGCGCAGCUGGUGGAGGAGCAGGGCUGCAUGCUGGACAACAUAGAAGCGAACGUAGGGGCGACCCAGGACUACGUCGCCAAGGCAACCGUUCAUAUCAAACAGGCGUUGGUAUACAAGAAAAACAAUCCAUGCAAGAAACUCUUUUGUUGCUGCUGCCCAUGCUGCAAUUGAGACCACACAACAGUGUUAUUUUUACUUCUCGAUGUCACAAGACUAAUCAAGGUUAGAUUCAAAUCAGCUUCCUGUGCAACAAUGGUUGUAAUAAAUUGCUUUUUUUUAAUUUAUUAAACUCAAAUGAAGCAUUGUUAAGUAGUAGGCCUGUCCAAAUUUCACACUCUUGUCGCCAAUAGUUUGAGCUCUUCUGAGAAAAGGCCAACAUUUCACACCACAUAACCGUAUGCAAAUCUACGAUGAGUUAUGGGUGUUACAUUUCCUCAUAGCUACUGAAAAUAAUGUUUGCAUGAUUACUGUAAAGACACCCUUAAUUUAAUGCACAACCCCCAGCUUUGUUCUUCAAUUUUCAGCAAUUUGCAGAAUUUUGUAAUUUAUAUGAGAUAUUUAAGUAAUGUGAUUAAAUAUAAAUAGACCAGUUUUCACAGACUAAAUGAAGCUACUCUGUUUACUGGAACUGUAAGUAGGUCUAUUUCUUAUAACAGCCAUUGCUUAACGAGCCCUUAAGAAACUCACAGCUUCUGGUUGUGGUUAGCUGUGGAUGCAAGAUAGAUUUGAGUGGAUUGUGCAACGACAUGUCGGCCACCCCCAUGUAUAGUUAUCACCGCCUUAUAGGCCGGGGCGUUGGUUUUCUCAAGAUCUGUUGCUUCACAUGAAAGACAACUCUAUUUGUAAUGCCUCCACUUUUUCAGAGAUUAAACUGGGUCAUCUAACAAGCCCUUGCUUUCCUCAAGCUUCACUGAUUUCUUUUUUUUCUCAGUCAAUCAGAUUUGCAAUAUGAAGCAGGUUGUUCUCAGAUUGACAAAAAGAGCAACAGAAUGAAUGUGUACAUGAGUGUUUGCUCAGGUAGAGCAAACACUAGAUAGAGAAUGGGAAAGUAAUCCGGUCAGGGUACCCUCUGUUUGCACAGCCGGACCUAUCUCAUUGUUUGAGUGUACUGAUAGCACAAUUAAAAUGUUCCUGCGUGUGGCAGUCCAUCAUCCACCGGGGGAUUCCCAGUUACAAACAGUAAGUAGACUGGAGCUUAGAGGCCAUCUUCAGUCUCCGUACUGUGACCUACAUGUACUGACACAUCAGUGGGUGUUUUCAGAAUAACUGCUCAUCCUUUGCUCUGUGUUGAAUGGCACUUCCUCAGCACCGCUGUGUGGUUAGUGGUGGGCAGCGUGACUUCAUAAAAUGACUCAGAUGAACCUACCUGUUGCUCUGACAACUGUCUUUAUUAUUUAGGGAGACGUUAGGGAUGAUUUUGAACCAGGAUGGCCGAGUGGUUAAGGCGUUGGACUUAAGAU